AUGGCCGCGGCGGAGAAGGAGAGGCUCCGCCGGUGGCAGGAGCACGAUUUCUACGGCAUCCUCGGCGUGGCGGACUCGGCGUCUGCCGCUGACGUGAAGCGCGGCUUCCGCAGAGUCGCGCUGACAUGCCACCCCGACAAGGUGCCUUUGGAGGAGCGGGCCCAGGCCACAAAGCGGUUUCAGCUCAUCGCCGAGGCGGCCGCCCCGGCGGCCGCCUCGGGGCGCGCGCCUGCGCCGGGCUGGGUGGCCGCCGGCUCGCGCGGCAGCGGAGAGGUGUGGACGCGGGCUGGCGCGGCACCGAGAGGCGGCGGCCCCGCUGGCGCCGAGGAGGAGACCGCGGGCGAGCAGGAUGAGGACGCUGAAGAGGCGCUCGACGUGCUCGGGAUCUUGUUGGCGAUGGGUUUCGAGGAGCAGGAGGCGCGGUCCGCCGCGGGGCAGGCCGGCUCCGUGGAGGGCGCCGUGGAGUUGCUGAUGGCGGGGCCCGCGAGCGCGGCCGGCCAGGCUGUGCUCGGCGUCGCCGAGCGGCUCGGCGUCGGGGGGUUGGUUCAAGACGUGGGCCAGGGCGUCGGGGGGCUGGUGCAAGGCCUGGGCCAGCGCCUCUCCUCCUGGACCCCGUUCCUGUCGGCGGACCCAGCGGCGGAGCUGGCGGCGCAGCUGGCCGCGAUGGGCUACGCCGAGGACGAAGCAGAUGCCGCGUCCAGGAGGUGUUCGUCGGUGGACGCGGCGGUGGAGUGGCUCUCUGCGCGCCCCGGGCCUGGCCAGUGA